AUAUGAUGACUGAUAGGCAUGGUGACACAGCCCUGUACUCCUAGUUACCCAAGGAGAGGAGGCAGGAGGAUCACUUGAGGCCAAGAGUUCAAGACCAGCCUGGAAAGUGUAGUCAGACAGCCUUUCCAACCUUCCCCAUAUAAAGUGAAAAAAAUAUUUAAAAUAAAAGCAGUGUGAGAGAGACAAUGCUGUAAAAAUAGGACUUAACCUUUAAUGGUCCUCCUCACAUGGCUAAGCAUGAGGGGAAAAAAUAGCGAAGUCAAAUCAAAAACAUUCUACAAGAUUCCUGACAGUGUUCUUCACGACUGUCAAGGUCAAAAACAACAACAACAACAACAACAACAACAACAACAACAACAGAACCUGCAAGUUUCAGAAACAAGGUAGGUCCUGACCCGCUCGCAAUGUAAUGUGCUGUCCUGGGUGGUGUCAAAGAGCUGCAGCCCAGACGCUGGUUUCCAGCACUCUGCCAGCGUCUCUUCACCAAUUGCCUCGGUGAUCCUAGGCAAUGAGAUGUGGGGUCUUAGCUGUACUGAACCUCUUUUUCUUUUUUGGCAAAUUUUCCGUAGAUUUAAAAAGCUCUCCCUAAGGUAAAUACUUUAUUUGAAAACUAGGGUGAAUGACAAUAAACCCAAUAAUGAUGAAGGAGGGUAUAAUACAAGGAAACAGUGGGAACCCAGAAGUUAUUAAUAAAUGCCGAGCGUCAUCCUACCAUAGGAUAUAUUGGUGUCAAUAAAUGGCAGGAUACCAGAGAGUCCGCUGGCCUAUCAAUCUAAUAAACUUUUAUAAGUGAUGGAUUGGUCGUAAACACUGUGUUUUAUGGCACCAGAAAAUUCCAAACAGUAAAUCCACACGCAGAAUUUCAGCUCCCAUAUUUCAGGACCCUGUUUUUAGAAUCUGCACAACGGAAUAUUUCAUGGCCUUUAUGGAGUUUUAAUAAAAAACAACAGGUGGAAAAUGGAUUCUGCAGUAGCGGGAGCGGCUAUAACCAUAAAUACUGGUAUCUCAGAAUUACACCAGCAGAGACUGUAAACACAUUAGUCACCCAACAGGGCUGGAUUCCAUUCUCAGAUGUCAUCUCAAUUUCAGGCACAGAGAUUAAAUGCCACCAUUUAAAUUCAAAACACUGAAUGGCUAUGAUGAUCUUUUAUGUUCACGGGGAUUCACGGAGUGCGCGUGAUAGUUUCCUCGUCCAUAAAAUAAAGCUAAUAAAUCUCCUCUCAGCAUUGCGGGACCAAGCAAGCUGACACGCAUUAAAUGUCUCAGAUGAUGGCGGAUGGUAUGUAAUAUGUUUCCAGUAAAUCAUGGCAGGGAUUAUUAUUUCCUACGCGUGUGUUUAUUUUCAUGGUUGCAGGACUGGGAGCUGCCUAGCUGUUUAACAACACUAUCAUAUUCCAAGUAGGGAAACUGAGGCUCAGAAGGGGAUGACUGGCCCGGGACACUGCAGCUUGUUUGUCCUAGAGUUGGAACUUGAAGCCUUAUGCCAAGUCACACUUACUUUAGUCCAGUUCCAGAAUGGCUGACCGUAUUGCAAACCUACUGUGUGCUGCAGGCUGUCACCUUGCUCUCUUUUUAGGAUCCUAUUUGGGUCUCUGGAGCUCUGGGGAUGGUUCCUCCUCUUCCUCAGAGGGAUCCGGAUCCCCACCUCCCUUCCCAAUAGGUGUGGCAAUCAGCUCCCUAACACUUCAUCUCCUUCCCUACAUCAGCGUUCCAGCUGCCGCAGCCUGCUCUGCUCCGAGCAGGGCGCUGUGUAGUGAGGAUCUUGCUGGGCUAGAGAAUGUAGGAGCCUCCGGGCUGCUGUGAUGGACUCACGGAGGGGAGCUACACCUCCCAUCUCCCUGUGUGGGUCUGCUGGAGCCCAGUAGAGUAUGAGGACGUGCUGGGGACAACACCAUCUUAUUCUUGAGAGGCUGUAAAGAGCUUGGCCUUAAAGAAUCUCAACUCUUUGACCCAAGUGACCUCCAGGAUACUUCCAACAGGGUCACUGUCAAGAACUUCGAUUAUAGCAGGAAGCUGAAAAACGUGUUGGUGACCAUUUACUGGCUGGGGAAAGCUGCAAAUAGCUGCACAUCCUACAGUGGAACCACACUGAACCUGAAGGAGUUCGAAGGACUGUUGGCUCAGAUGCGAAAGGAGACUGAUGACAUUGAAAGCCCCAAGCGCAGCAUCCGAGACAGUGGCUACAUCGACUGCUGGGACUCUGAACGCAGUGACUCCCUUUCUCCUCCUCGCCACGGCCGGGAUGACUCCUUUGACAGCCUGGAUUCUUUUGGCUCCCGCUCCAGGCAGACACCUUCACCAGAUGUAGUUCUCAGGGGAAGCAGUGAUGGAAGAGGAAGUGAUUCUGAAUCAGACUUGCCCCACCGGAAGUUGCCAGAUGUGAAGAAAGAUGAUAUGUCCGCACGACGGACUUCUCAUGGUGAGCCGAAAUCAGCAGUGCCUUUUAACCAGUACCUCCCGAACAAAAGCAACCAGACAGCCUAUGUCCCAGCCCCUCUGAGAAAGAAGAAGGCGGAGCGGGAAGAAUACAGGAAGAGCUGGAGUACGGCCACCUCCCCCCUGGGCGGGGAAAGGCCCUUCAGUUACCCUGAAACCAUAGAGGAGGAGGGGAGUGAAGCAGGGUCUCCCACUGAAGAUGACCCCAGCAGCCAGAUGGACCCUGACGGGAAGCCUGAGUGUGGGUUAGAAGCUCCUCCCAGCAAUGGUAAGGCGCAGUCUCCUGAGGAUGCUGCUGCAGUGCCAGCUGCUAUUCCUGAAGACAGAGAGGCUGUGGAAAGGCAAAAACGCAGAAGGCUGGAGCAAGCUGGGAUCAAGGUCAUGCCUGCAGCACAGCGCUUUGCCAGUCAAAAGCAAUCGAGUGAAGAGAAAGAAGCUAUUCGUGAUAUAAUCCUUCGGAAAGAAAACCCUUUCCUGGCCCACCAACAUGGCAAAGACUCAGAGUCGGAAGACGAAGCUGCUUGCCUGCUGCCUGACCUUGAGAAAGAUGACUUUGCUGCAAGGAGGGCGAGGAUGAACCAACGCAAGCCAAUGGUGCCACUUAACCAACUGCUGUACGGGCCUUACCGAAAAAACGAUGAAGCGAAGGCGGGCAGCAGCCAACACCUCUCAAAGGGACCGUCAGACAAGAAAAAUCUAGGAUAUAAAAGAGACCAGGGGCAUCGAGAAGAUGUGAACAGAGUGGUGGCCUGCGUCAUGCAAACCCAGGAGAGUGAACCACUGGAAAUGAGUUUCAGGAAGGCACCAGACCUUCAGAAGGAUGACCUGGCCCAGAGGAGAAUCCAGGGCAGACUUAGCCAGCACCGUGAGGCUCCGAGCUUCAUCAAACUCUCUGGUAUUACAGAAGCCGACCUGGAGACUUGGGAGAGAUUGAAAGUGUCAGGAGAGACAAGGGAUGGAGAUGCUCAGAACACCUGUGCCCCAGAGCCCUCACCAGAAAUCGAUGCAGAAACCGCCAUUCGGGAUGACUUUGCCAGCCGUAAAGCAAGGGCCUAUAAGAAAGCGCCCGGCCCCAGGCAAAAGUUUGUACACUUUGGGCCUGUGACAGAGAUAGACCAACAAACUUGGCAGCGGCUCAGCAUUGGCAAGGCGGGGCCUAGGGACAAUGUGGAGGUUCUCAGUCACAGCAGCGAGAGCCGAACUUCCUCCAGGUCACCUCCCUCUACUACUACUUUUGACUUAAAAGAAGAACAAAUGCUUAGUCCACAGAGUGACUACAGGACAGUGCCUUCUGGCACCGAUGGCCGUCUCAAAAAGGCCCCAUGGCUGGCGCCAGUGCUGGAGUCUCAGGAAGAACAGGUCUGCGUUCAGAGCAACAACCCAAAGACUGAGGAAGUUACACCCACAUGCCUGCCACAGGAAAAAGAAGAAGUUAUUAAAAAAGAGCCUGAGAUGCUGCCAAGGGUACAAAGACCAGAGGGAAGCAGCGGACCCCUAUACGGUCCGAGAACUCCUGUGUCAGAUGACGCAGAGAGCACGAGUAUGUUUGACAUGCGGUGUGAGGAGGAGGCAGCGGUGCUGCCGCACAGCAGGGCCCGCCAGGAGCAGCUGCAGCUGAUAAAUAACCAGCUGAGGGAAGAGGACGACAAAUGGCAAGAUGACCUGGCUCGCUGGAAGAGCCGUCGAAGAAGCGCUUCCCAGGACUUAAUCAAGAAAGAGGAAGAAAGGAAAAAAAUGGAGAAGUUGAUGUCUGGAGAAGAUGGGACAAGUGAACGGAGGAAAAGCAUCAAAACUUACAGAGAAAUUGUCCAAGAAAAGGAGCGGAGAGAGAGGGAGCUGCACGAGGCAUAUAAGAAUGCAAGGUCACAGGAGGAGGCAGAGGGGAUCCUCCAGCAAUACAUCGAGAGGUUCACCAUCAGUGAGGCUGUCCUCGAACGCUUGGAGAUGCCAAAAAUUCUGGAAAGAAGCCAUUCAACAGAGCCAAACGUAUCCUCCUUCCCCAACGACCCCAGCCCCAUGAAAUACUUGCGUCAGCAGUCACUGCCCCCGCCCAAGUUCACUGCCACGGUUGAGACUACCAUCGCUCGCACCAGUGUCCCAGAGAGCAGCGUAGCAGCAGGCACUGGGUCUCCAAGCAAAACCAGCACUCCAAACACGGUGCCUAUGCUGACACCCAGGCCUUACUCCCAGCCCAAAAACUCUCAAGAGGUUCUGAAGACUUUUAAGGUCGAUGGGAAAGUCAGCAUGAAUGGAGAAACGGCCCGUGGAGAUGUGGAAGGAAAGGAAAAAGAAGACCCCACAGCGGUGGCCCCUGGCCCUUCCUUAACCAAGUCCCAGAUGUUUGAAGGCGUGGCCACGGUGCAUGGCUCUCCCGUGCAAGUGAAACAAGGCAGCAACAGCAUCGAGAUCAACAUCAAGAAGCCAAAUUCUCCUCCCCAGGAACUGACAGCAGCCUCUGAGGAAACUGAGUCAAACGGCCGAGAUGAUGAGAACGGUGAAGAGAGCUCAGGGGCACGGGAUGUGGAGCUGGAUUCGGCAGAGCCACAGCAUUUUACAACAACCGUGACUCGGUGCAGCCCAACCGUGGCCCUGGUGGAGUUUUCUUCCAGCCCGCAGCUGAGGAAUGAAGUACCAGAAGAACAAGACCAGAAGAAGCCAGAAAACGAGAUGAGCGGGAAGGUGGAGUUAGUACUGUCCCAGAAGGUGGCAAAGCCAAAAUCCCCAGAACCGGAAGCAACCUUGACAUUUCCAUUUCUUGACAAAAUGCCUGAAACCGACCAACUACAUUUGCCAAAUCUCAAUUCUCAAGAGCUGCCUGGCAGUGCCCCGCUGAGAGUUCAGAACUCUUGGCGACGGUCCCAGUUUUUCUCCCAGUCAGCGGAUUCCCCAAGCAGUGAGAAGUCCCCCGCAAGCACGCCUUUUAAGUUCUGGGCGUGGGACCCGGAAGAGGAGCGUAGGCGACAGGAGAAGUGGCAGCAGGAGCAAGAGCGCCUGCUCCAGGAGAGGUAUCAGAAGGAGCAGGAUAAGCUGAAGGAGGAAUGGGAAAAGGCCCAGAAGGAGGUAGAAGAAGAGGAACGCAGAUACUAUGAGGAGGAGCGUAAGAUAAUUGAGGACACCGUGGUUCCAUUCACUAUUUCCUCGAGUUCUGCCGACCAGCUGUCUACAUCCUCAUCUGUAACUGAAGGCAGCGGGACAAGGAAUAAGAUGGACUUGGAAAACUGCCAAGACAGAGACAAAGAGAGAAGACAGAACACUCCCCUCCAGGAGAAUGACAGUGACUCAUCACUCAAAGCUAGAGAAAGUGGCCUGCCCGAGGAGCACAGCAGCCUAACUCAAAGUCCCUCAGCUAACUCUGAAAACUCCGUGUCAAAAGGAAUUAGUCAGGACCAGCAGCCAGAGACAGAGGCUGAGGCCUCACACUGUGGUACAAACCCACAGUCAGCUCAGGAUCCACCUUGGAAUCAACAGAUCUCAAACCCACCGACAUCCAAGUCGGAAGACGUGAAGCCCAAAACCCUAGCCCUGGAGAAAAGCAUUAAUCAUCAGAUUGAGUCUCCGGGGGAAAGGCGGAAGAAAAGCCCUCGAGAGAACUUCCGGGCUGGGCCCCUGUCCCCCUGCUCUCCUACCCCUCCUGGCCAGUCUCCAAACAGGUACAAGAGGUCUAUAAGCGGGAAGAAGCUGUGCUCCUCCUGUGGGCUUGCUUUGGGGAAAGGCGCCGCAAUGAUCAUCGAGACUCUGAAUCUCUACUUUCACAUACAGUGUUUCAGGUGCGGCAUUUGUAAAGGACAGCUAGGAGAUGCAGUGAGUGGGACAGAUGUCAGGAUUCGCAACGGUCUUCUAAACUGUACCGACUGCUACAUGCGAUCCAGAAGUGCUGGCCAGCCUACAACACUGUGACGGUUGGGAGCUUAGCUUCCGGGGCACUGAGCAUUUUCUCUGCUGAGAGUGUCCCUUGGCAACUGCUUUAUUAAACCCAAGUCCAGGGGCUUCUUGGCACUCAGCUAAUUUCUGGAAGACUCUCCUACAGUGGUAUCUGCUCUUUUGUAUUGUAGCACAACGUUUGUGCUUCUGGUUGGGGGGGUGGGCGGCUGAUUUCUUUCCCUGCAUUUGCACAGUGUAUACAAAAGAAUAAUAUGUCGUAACGAUCCUGAACACUUAACAAAUGGUUUUAGCAUGGGCAGAGAGGCUUACGGUUGAAAAGGUGUUAUUCUCUUGUUUGGGAAAUAGCAAAAGGGUGCAAUAAACCUGUUGUGUUUUAGUAUUUCUAGAAAUUAAACACGUUAUGUUUACGGAAUUGAGCUGCAGGAAGUGCAAGACAUGCCAAUUUAAGUGAAUGCAUUUCUAGAUGUCCCAGCGAGUUCUGACUCUGAACUGUAACUUUUUUUUUAAUGCAAAGACACUAGUCCUUUAAUAUAUACUGUACUCCUGAAAACAUUUGAGUUACUUACCUUUGGGGGCAGAAGUCCUUCCAAUAAAUUAUCACACUGUUAGUAGUAGAUUUUGUGUACCCUAGAAGUCAUGUCAUUGGUAUAGGCUGGUCCCAUCAAAUAAAGAGACUUCCACUCUGCAACGUGGUGCGAGGGUAGGAAGAAACGGGAAGGAAUAGACCAGCCAUUGUCUUCAGACUUACAAGGCAGUCUGUGAGGAAGUAUAAUCCACAGUAAUGGUCAGUAGUGACCUUGAGGAAGGAAUAGACCAGCCAUUGUCUUCAGACUUACGAGGCAAUCUAUGAGGAAGUAUAAUCCACAGUGAUGGUCAGUAGUGACCUUGAGGCUUGGGUUGCUUUCUCCAAGUAUUGGGUUAGGGCUUGUUAGUGAGGGACUUGAUGUGAGGAUGUGGGUAUUAGACAUCGAGGACAGUCCAGUUUUUAGGAACGAGCGAAUCUCGUGUUUGCCUGCAAGUUCUCCUUGAGGGCCUGAAGCCCAGACAUCCAAAGAAAAGCAUUAAGUCCGUCCUAAACAGAACCCAGAUGCUAUGAUGUGACAAGCCAGCAACCUGAUCUGUAAGUGGCAGCAGCAUGGCAGCCCCUGCCCUCUCCCAAGGACCUGUGUGCGCCUUCAUCCUCCCACAUCACCUUCUUUAUCCUCAAGGAUUCUGGACCUGACUCACCGAGUUCAGAAAGGGUGCCUGUGGAAGCCUGGUUUAUUGUGUGCCCUGUGUGAUAAGUUUCAUCUGGACACAAAAGGAAUGCAGUGGCUAAACCAUCAUGACUUAGCCUCCAGGCUGCUUUCCCUGAGGCUGGGGAAAGAACUGUUUAUUCUGCCUUAAAGGGAUGGCAACUGGGUUGGAGAUGACGUCAGGCGAAUGUAGACUAUGGGUACACUCCUAGUAGGCUAAUGUAGCAUAGAAAGAGAGCAGGUAGGUGUUUUUUCUGUUAUGUAAGCAAUAACUUUUCCUGUGUCUUAUGGAGUAUGGCUAGCAAUUAUUUAUUUCCAUGCUAGACGGUUCUUUGCAUGUGGGUUCCUUAAAGGUGCAGACAUCCCGGCCAAUGGAGGUCCACUGGCCACUCUGUCAUUUGGACGAGCUGUUACUGGAUUGAAAUUCACACAUCAUUUCACUAAAAAUUGUGCCUUAGAAAACGCAAAGCUGUUGCACACAGUGAUGAACGGCAGAUUCAGAACACCGAGGGGAGAGGACGUCGCUCCCUUGUUCCCACGGCUUCUCUCGGAGGUGUUUGCUGCUUUACAAGGAGGAAAAAAAAAUGAAUUAAAGAUUUUAAAAGACAAAUAAAAAAAGGAAAAAAACUUAAAAAGAAAAAGAAAAGUUUUGAAAAUGUACAGAUCAAGUCCAAUAUUUUGAUGAAGCACCUGCAUGUUUUAUUAACUAUUUUAAUAAUGUGGAUGUUUACACUCUGCAUGAUACUAACAGAGUACUUUAUGGGAAACGAUGCACAAGUCAUGUACAGUAGGGUCACGCAUAAGCGACUUUUAUAGAACACUUUUUACAUGUGCAAGGCCAUCCGUUGUGUCAGGAGCACAGGAGCACUGCACCUUCUUCCAGUUUCACAAAACCAUUCACACAUAUCUCUUAGUGAGACUCACUGAGCGUGCACUGAAGCUAGACUGGAGUCAAGAGAAAUAAAACCCCGUUCCCUGAGUGCGGAACAUGCUUUCCCGUAAUGAACGCUAGUCACCAGCCUGGAAUCAUCUCCAACGUCUUCGAAAUUCUAAUUGCCAACCGUUUCUAUUUCUAUUUGAUUUCUAUUUCAUUUAGAGCCAGUUACAUGGCAACUUCGGCAGGCUACAUCUUGCCGUUUUUCCAAGGCAGCAUAAAAGACUAUGAUCUAUCUCUCUUCAAAUAAUAUCUGAGAUCCCAGGGAGAAAAAAAUGCUCUGUUAUGUGGAGCUGUGAUGUAAAUGUGUUUGUUUAAGAACCAGACAAGGCAAGUGAGCGAUUCGUGGCUCCUACGGGACCUCCCCUCUCAGACUCCAAAGGCUUCUUCCCCAAGGACAGAAAUGGGUGACUGUUUCUCACUAGCACACUUUCAUGGCAUUUGUCCUCCUUUCUGUGUCGAGUCAUUAACACGAUACAUAGUCUAGUUCCCAGUACAUGGCAUACGAUUCAGUGAGCCGAAGUGACCCACUCUUUGCUGUGAGUCCAUUCAGGAGGAUGUCCCUGUUCUGGGUGGCGGCAUUCUGUAUCGGUUACACUAACUUUCAUUCACAAUAUUUAUUCUAAAAUGCCUCUGAGAAAUAGUUUAAAAAAAUUAAAAAUGAAAAGUUGUCUAAGACACAACAGCUUUUAUAGUAAAUGUACAUUUAUAAAUAAAAGACUCAAACUGA